AUGCUUUUUUUCAUACUAUCUUUAUUAGGCAUUUUGAGAUUUAUACAGACAAACAAACAGAUAAACAACAAUCAAAAAGAAAAAAAACUUACACAGCACAGCUGCAAGAAUCAGAAGAGAAAAUUUGGAGGCAUAUAAAUAAAUCACAGCAUUCUCUUGACAGGCACCAGUUGAGCUACAGACUCAAUGACAUGUCAUUAAGGUUCACUUUACUGGUUUGUUAAUGUUGAAAUAUUUAAGAACAUGUUCCCAUCUUCUUUUAAAGGUAUAAAAUUUUCCAUCCAGACAGUAUCUCAAUCUUUCUAAUACAAUCACUUCAGAAAAUAGGUUUUUCCAUAGCUGGAUCGAUGGGGCAUCACAACCUAUCCAUUUAACCAUUAUUACUUUUCUGGCCAGCAUUAAUAAGAAUUGCACAGUCUCUUUGUGAGUACCCAGGUGAGUGGGUAUGAGUUAAAGUAGACAAAGCACUGGACCAGGAUGCACUGUUUGUCCUAUAGUAGAGCUGAUUUUGCGACACACUGCCUGCCAGAAUGCCUCUAUAAUUUUACAUUCCCAUAGGCAGUGAAUUCUAGUUCCUGUAGCUACUUUACAUUUAGGACAGUUUGGAGAGCUUCCUGGUGUGUACUUGCUACAUAUACAUGGAGAUAUGUAUACAUUGUGUAAAAUAUUAUAUUGCAUUUCUUUAUAUCUGUUACAUACUGAGAUUCUGGAAGGCAGAGUCAAGAUGUCUUCCCAUGCUUCUGAAUCAAUUGUGCUUUCAGAGUUCUGUUCCAGGUUGAUUGUAAAUUCUCCAAGUUAUCUUUCCUUAGCGUUUGUAACUCAGCAUAGAAUCUUGACACAAAUCUCCCACGUUUAUGACAAUCAAGAAUAGUUUUAUCAAGUAAAUAACAAUCCACCUCUAGUGAGUCAGUUUUUGCCUUAACAUAAUGCCUUAGUUGAAGGUAUUUAUAGAAGUCCCUGGAUGCAAUACCAUAUUGUGUUCUUAAUUCUUCAAAUGUUUUGAAUUUUCCGCUAUGCCAUAGAUCAUGCAUCCUAGCAACGCCAGCAUCCCGCCACGAGCUAAGAUCAGGACCAGUGCCCUCUACUGUCAAAUCCGAGUUGUGUACCAGUGUUGUCAGACAUGAAAGAUCUUCAAGAGAAGAUGUUCACCUUCCCAGAAGAAACCAACACAGCACAUGUUAGGUUGACAACAUCAAGACAUAACUUCAAUGCUAUGACUGUCUGUUUCAGGUUCUUAACAGACCUCAAAAGACAAUAUGCUCUUUUCUCUUUGGCCGUACCCUCUUUUCCCAAUGGUUUUUUGUUUUACAAAAACGAGGAUUCUUUUGAGUUAUGUGCCAGAGACAAAUGCCAAAUUUUUGAAGGACUGGACUUCCAGCUGAAUAAAUGGCACUCGGUCUGUGGAACAUGGGACGCUGCAUCAGGUUUGGUACAAGUGUGGCUGAAUGGACAGCAUUCAAGCAGGAAGCCAGCCAGUGGACAUAAUAUCUAUGGACCAGUUAUAAUCAUUUUAGGACAGGAUCAAGAUUCAUAUGCUGGUGGUUUUGAUGUCACACAAUCAUUUGUCGGCUUGAUGUCAGAUCUCCAUAUGUGGAAUUACAAGCUUUCACCCUGUGAGAUCCGGAAAUACACAAAUGACGGUGACUACACAAAAGGAAAUAUGUUGAACUGGAAUUCACUGGAUUUCCAGAUUAUAGGAAGUGUGCAGAUCGAGAAUAGCCCAAAACAUUGUCAGUAAAUCAUCUUUUCUUUAAAUUUAUAUAACGCACAAUAAUUGGUAAAUUAUUUGUUAUGAACAAGAAAUAUGUUUAAAAAGAUUACUCUUACUACUGUUAGAGUAAUUUGGUCAUAAUAGUUUGUUUAAUUCCUUACACUAAUUCUUACCUUUUUGAUCAUUCAUUCAAUCAAUCAGUUUAUUUACUUGAUUUAACACAUUUAAUCAUUAAUUUACAAAUGCAUUCUCUUACGAUGCUUACUCUACGGGAGUGAAAAACGAGCAGGAAGAAGAAAAAUAUUGCAGAAACCCGCCCCUUUUUCAAUAAUUACAAAAUAAUGUUCAUUCUGUCACAUAUUGUCAAAAACUUUAAUACUGUUUUCAAAUUUUACCCCAGCAUCAACGCUGAACCAUAGUACUGAAUACUAUGUAUCAUUUUAAGAUCAUGGUGUAUUUGUUUGUAUUAUUGUAGUAACUUUGAAGAUAGAUGUUCGAAAUGCUGAUCAUUUUCAUUGAAAAAUAAAUCUCCCAACUAAAUA